AUGUCAACUACAAAUAAUCUUAUUCGAUCAGUAUAUUUAAGUGAAUAUGAUGAUGUGUUUAAUGACUGGAUUCUAGAAGGAAUAUUUGAAGUUGUAGAUGAAGAUAAGAAUAAAGGACACUAUUUAUCUCAUCAUCCUGUAAUAAGGACUGGAGAUACAACUACAAAGAUUCGCCCAAUUUUCGAUGCCUCAGCAAAAGGUUCUAAAGGAAAUUGCUUGAAUAAUUGCUUAGAAAAGGGUCCAAAUUUAUUAGAAAUAAUACCAAAGUUCAUAAUGCAAUUUCGUAAAACUGCUAUUGGAAUAACGCCAGAUAUUAAAAACUCCUUUUUACAAAUCAGCCUGAACCCAAAGGAUAGAGAUUAUUUUAAGUUUUUAUGGUGGAAAGAGUUUUCAAGACGAGAGGAAUUGAUCACCCUGAGACAAUGUCGAGUGGUAUUUGGUGUUUCUACUAGCCCAUUUUUGCUUGAGGCAACGAUAGAUCAUCAUCUAGAGAAUGUUCCAGAUGGAAGGAAGGAAACAGCUCGUCAACUUCAAAAAUCUUUUUAUGUAGAUAACUGCAUAACUAGUUUAGAAACUAGGGAAGAGUCGCCCAAAUUUGUUUCUGAAGCUAAAGAACUGAUAUCUGCAGCCAAAUUUGAUUUACAAGGGUGGGCUACUUCUGAAAAAAAUUGUAGAAGAAACAUAAAAGAGAUAUAUUCCAAUACUAGAACUUUCCUGGAAUACUGA